UAGUUUUAGACUAAUUUUAAGGAAAUAAAAGCUAAUUUGAUAUAGAUGGCACUAAACCCACCCCAAAUGCCAGACGGUGAGCCUAUCAGAGUUGCAGGUGAAUACUUCAUGCUCAAAAGAGAAGCGAUUGAAUUUGAAUGCAAAAUUAAAGAUGAAGGAAAAUUUAAAGGAAAAGGAUAUAUUGGUAUUGAUUAACACUAAAUCUAAAUAUGAAUGUAAUGCUUUUGAUCUCCC